CCUGCAGCUCCGCUGCGGCAGCGCCCUGAUCCCUCCGGUAACUGCACCGGCAGCGGCAGCUAUGGGGCGGUGGGGGAGCUGCCCGACCCUGUUCUGCCUCCUCCUGCUCCUGCUCCAGGCUGGUCAUCGGCUGUGUGAACGGGCAGCACCGUGCCAAGCCGGCUUCACUGCGGACACCUUUACCCUCACUGUGCCGCAGCACAGCGUGGCGGCGGGACGGGCGCUGGGGCGAGUGAGCUUCGUGGAGUGCGGCGAGCCGCGGCACGCCGUGUACCUCUGGGACGACAGGCGCUUCAAGGUGAGCAGGGACGGCGUGGUCUCGGCGACACGGCCCCUGAAGCUCCGGCAGCAGAUCAGCUUCUCUGUCCACACUUGGGACAACACAGGCAAGAAGCAUUCGGCCAAAGUGACUCUGCACAGGCGGUGGCAGCAGCACCAUGGCCACCAGCACCACCACCAACAGCAGCAGGACACAGCACCUGAGCUUCUGACCUUCCCUGAGUCCGGCCAUGGCCUCCUCCGGCGGCAAAAGAGAGACUGGGUCAUCCCCCCCAUCAACUGCCCUGAGAAUGAGCGUGGGCCCUUCCCCAAGAAGCUGGUGCAGAUCAAAUCUAACAAGGACAAGGAGACCAGAGUCUUCUACAGCAUCACAGGGCAGGGAGCUGACACCUACCCCGUGGGCGUCUUCACCAUCGAGCGGGAGACAGGGUGGCUGGAGGUGACCAGGCCACUGGACCGGGAAGAGAUGGAUAAGUACUAUCUCUACUCCCAUGCUGUGUCGGCCAACGGGCAGCCAGUGGAGGACCCCAUGGAGAUCAUCAUCACCGUGACAGACCAGAACGACAACAGGCCUGUCUUCACCAAGCAAGUCUUCAUCGGCUACAUCGAGGAGAACGCGAAGCCAGGCACAUCCGUGAUGACCGUGAGUGCCACAGACGCCGACGAUGCCAUCAAUGUCAACAACGGCAUCAUUGGCUACUCCAUCCUCAGCGAGGCGCCGCAGGGCACUCAGCGCAUGUUCACCAUUGACCCACAGACAGGUGUCAUCAGUGUCAUUGGCACGGGGCUGGACCGGGAGACCACUCCCAACUACACGCUGAUCAUCCAGGCUGCUGACCAGGAGGGCACUGGCCUCACCACCUCAGCCACUGCCAUUGUGGAAGUCACUGAUGCCAAUGACAACCCUCCCAUUUUUGACCCCACCAUGUAUGAGGGGACAGUGAAGGAGAACGACCCUGGGGCACUGGUGACACGGCUGCAUGUGAAGGAUAGGGACAUGCAGGGCUCCCCAGCCUGGCAAGCCGUCUACCACAUCAAGAGUGGGGACCCAGCAGGUGACUUCAGCAUCACCACCGACCCCAAAACCAACGAUGGCAUCCUGAGAACCACCAAGGGCCUGGACUACGAGAGCAGGAACCAGUACAACCUGGUGGUGACAGUGGAGAAUGCCGUCCCCUUCACCGUGUCCCUGCCACUCUCCACGGCCAGCGUCCUGGUGUCAGUGUCAGACGAGAAUGAGCCACCUGUCUUCAUACCCCCAGUCAAGAAGGUGCAGGUGAGGGAGGACCUGCCAGUGGGUCACCAGGUCACCUCCUACACGGCCCAGGAUCCAGACCGGGACAUGAAGCAGAGAAUCACGUACCGCAUGGGCAUCGAUGCUGCGGGCUGGCUGGACAUCGACCCAGAGAAUGGCAUCAUCACGGUGGCCGAGCCCCUGGACCGUGAGUCGGAGCAUGCCAUCAACAGCACCUACGAGGCCAUCAUCCUGGCCGUGGACAGCGCAUCACCACCUGCCACCGGCACGGGGACACUGCUGCUCCUGCUGGAGGACGUCAAUGACAAUGGGCCCACCCCAGAGCCGCGCAGCUUUGACAUCUGCAGCCGGCAGCCUGAGCCUCAGAUGCUGACCAUUGUGGACAAGGACCUGCCCCCCAACACCUAUCCCUUCAAGGCUGAGUUUAGUCAUGGCUCCAACAUCAACUGGACUGUCAGGAUGACUGGACAAGACACACUGGAGCUGAAACCGCUGAGGGAGCUGGAGCCAGGAGAGCACAGCGUGUUCCUGCGGCUGUCGGACGCACAGGGCAAGUCACAGCUGACACAGCUCAGGGUCCAGGUCUGUGACUGCGAAGGGCCGACCAAGAACUGUGAGCGACGAGCCUUCGUUGCCGAGACCCUAGGCGUCCCUGCCAUCCUGGGCAUUUUGGGGGGCAUACUGGCACUACUGAUCUUGCUGCUGCUGCUGCUGCUUUUUGUGAGGAGGAGGAAAGUGGUGAAGGAGCCUCUACUCCCACCUGAAGAUGACAUGCGGGACAAUGUCUACCACUAUGAUGAAGAGGGGGGUGGUGAGGAGGACCAGGAUUAUGACCUGAGCCAGCUGCACCGGGGCCUGGACGCCCGCCCAGAGGUGAUCCGCAACGAUGUGGCCCCCCCACUGAUGGCUGCCCCCCAGUACCGGCCCCGUCCCGCCAACCCCGAUGAGAUUGGGAACUUCAUCGAUGAGAACCUGAAGGCAGCUGACACAGACCCCACAGCCCCCCCCUAUGACUCACUGCUGGUGUUCGACUACGAGGGCAGCGGCUCGGAGGCCACCUCGCUCAGCUCCCUCAACUCCUCCGACUCCGACCGCGACCAGGACUACGACUACCUCAACGACUGGGGCAGCCGCUUCAAGAAGCUGGCUGACCUCUAUGGUGGGGGAGAGGAUGACGAUUAGGGCACCCCCCCAACCUCGGCACCAGCUUGGCCACAGCUGCCCAGUGCAGGCGGCUCACCUCAUUUCAUCCCACCAGACUCAUGUUGGGUCUUCGUUGAACCCUUACUCCAACAUCCCCUCAACCUGGUGUCCACAUUCCCCUCAUCGUGUGUAGGGGAAGCUUGGGGUCACUCGGGCUUGGGGGAUGGGUGGGGGAAUCUGUGUAUUUCCCACUGCCCUCAGCUCCAGGCAGGGCAUGGAGCCCUUUGGUCUGUUUCCAAUCCUAGAGCGAGGGCUAGGAUCAGCUCUUCUUCCCCGGCAGGGACAGGCCCCUGCCAUCUCCCUCCGUCUGCCGCAGGGUUUCUCUGGCUCUCUCCAAAUUACCUCGUGCUCCCAGCACCGGCUCACACACCUGGUGCCAAAGGAAGCGGGCGGCCCUGUUACUGAGCUGGAGCGGGGUGAGGUGCUAGGUAAGCACAGACCAAAGAGGAGCCAUCGCGUGCUGCAGGAGAGGGAACUGUAUUCCCUGAGAGCACGGAGGGGCAGAUCCCUGCUUUCCCGUAUCCCAGAGGACGAUGUGAUUUCCUCCUGCGGCGGGGUGGGUUCUAAUCACUCUGCAGUCAAUGAGAGGCGCUUCCCGAAAUCAAACGGCUUUACUGAAAUUCGGUGUUCAGCUGUCGUCGUGGUUUGUUGUUUUCUACCACGGGGAAAGGGUCUGAUGCAGGCUUCCAAAGCCAGCGACGGUCCCAGCGAUAAUCGAUUGUAUGGGGUUUUUAUAUAUGUAUGUAUAAAAUCGAAAGAAUAAAUCGUUUUAAGAAAACCAAAA